AUGCAGCUCCCUUCCAUUCUAAACCCACUUUUGGCGAUUGUUGGGCUACGCCAGGUCGACUAUGGGGCGGAGGAAACAGUCACUGUAUCAAGCGUCCGACUUCACAAGCUCGCGUCGCCAGUCGAUGUCAAGAUUCCAAGCUUUUCCUUUAAGCUGAGCGGCAAUGACGCAGACGGCCUCGAAUGCUCGGCAACCGACGUGCCCUGGCCCAAGCCAGGGUUCAAUCGGUGCGGCAAUAGCAAGUACUCGUUUGCCCUCUUGUCUGGCACUUCGAUUGGUGAUGACGAUCACGAGUUCAAUCUCAUGAUCUACCACGAUGUCGGUGACAGAAAGGCCGAUUUGCGCGGCGGUACCGGGUUGGAUCUCGACUGUCGCAGCCAGGGCGACGGACCAGCCGAUGAGAUAUGCAAGCAAGACGCCCCCGUCACGUUCAAGAUUGACGGUCCUGUGGCCAACUACAGCUGGCGCGGAGAACUUAAAUAG